UCGCUCUCGUGUCACGUGACAAAAUACUGUGCCUAACCCUAACCUUUAAAACGUGGUCCACGUGAGUCAAUGAAAUAUUAAAUUCAUUGAUACACGCGAAAUUUCUUUAUAUAAAUUGCACAAUGGAGAGUUUUCCCAGAGGUGGAAAAAAACCUGAAAUUAAGAGAUCAUCAAAUGUGUUUGAUCAACAAUCUAAAGCGAAUAAGAAACAAAAACCUCGAAAGAAGAAAGAUAACAAUGCAAGUGGUAAAGAGAUAAAUCUUAUUGCCACUGCAGAACGCUUAUCUAAAGCAACAUUACGUGAAGGAAUGACAAUUCUUGGCCGGAUUUCUCGAGUGUCAGAAUAUGACUUAAUUGUAUCUAUACCAGGUGGAAUUUUAGGACGUGUAGAAGUCACAAAUCUCAGCGAGUCAUAUACAAAUCUAUUGCAAAAUAUCAUUAACACAAAAACCAUCCAAUCAAAUGAAUUUAAAGCACUACCAGAUUUAUAUAAUCCUGGUGAUUAUGUAGUGUGUUAUGUCAAGAGUAUAAAUGUCCAAGGAAAAUGGUUGUACAACUUAUCUCUGGAACCACAAUUAAUAAAUCAGAAUAUUCAUAGCAGUUCUCUUGUAAAAAAUACAACAAUAGUUUGCACUAUUAAGAGUAUAGAGGAUCAUGGCUAUGUAGUUGACACAGGCAUAGCUAAUGUUAGAGCAUUUCUUGCUACCGAAAAUGUAGAUAAAGGAAAGCGUUAUUUUCCAGGUAAUCAACUUUUGUCCACAAUAAAGGAGCUAGAAACAACAGAUUAUUCAUCUGUCAUUAAAUUGUCAGCUAAGAAAAAAAAGAUUAAAAAUGUCAACAUACAUGAUAUAGUCUCUUUAGACGUUCUAACACCAGGAACAAAAUUGUCCCUUUGUGUGACAAAAGUGCUCUCCAAUGGUUUGCAAGUUACAUUUGGACAAGAUAACAUUGGAUAUGUAAACCAAAUUUAUCUAGACAAUCCUUUAUCCACGUAUGUAGAAAAUAUGGAAGUGACUGGUACAUUGUUAUAUAUAUUGCCAACUGUGAAAUUAGCUUACUUUAGUCUAUUAACUGACGAAUCUGAAAAAGAGAAAUUAAGUAAAGGUGAUAUUAUACGAAAGGCCAAAGUUUCAUAUAGGGAAUCCAAUGGAAUCAUUUUAAAGAUAUCCAAAUCUGGACUACGUGGAUUUGUUUCUUUUCCGAAAACCAAUGUCCCGUUUGCGAAAAUUCCGACCGAGUUUAAGCAAGAUUCCACACACAAGUGCAGGAUACUCGCCUACAAUUGGAUGGAACAUCUUUAUGUCUGCACAAUGGAAGAUGAAGUUUUAAAACAGAAAUACUUUUCAGUUUCUGAUCUUAAUUGUGGAGAUAUUAUUACUGUAAACAUUACAGAUAUUGAUACAAGUAAUGGUUACAUACAUGUGCAAACAGGAAAUAUUUCAGGAUUUAUUCCACCGUUACACGUAUCCGAUAGUGGUUUAAGCGCAUUAAAUACAUUGAAAAUCGGAGAUAGCAUCGAGGCAAGAGUCUUGCAGCCCAAAAUUUCCAACAUGAAUGUAAUGUUUACGCUGAAACAGUCGCUAUUAAAGAGCAAACUACCAGUCUUGCAGGAUAUACAUGAUGCGCAACGUGGAUCGAAAUAUCACGGUACAAUAACUAAAAUAGAUAAGAAUGGUUUGUUGGUGAGAUUUUAUGGAGCUGUAAAAGGAUGGGUGCCACGUACUGCGUUAAACAGCGAUGCAAAUAAUAUGAACUGGAAUUAUUCCAUUGGUCAAACUAUUACUGUACGUGUCAAUUCUAUAGAAAAGAAUGAAAUGAAAUUACAGAUUUUUAUCGAGAAACAAAAGCAGCAAACCGUAAAUUUCUCGAUUGGAGAAAUGCUCGAAGGAACAAUCACAGAAUCAUCCAUCAAAGGAGUCUACUUAAGAAUACAUAAAGAAAGUGAUGACAACGUCACGACAGGCUUCUUACCUGCGGGUCAUAUGGCACCGUGUAUCGAAAUCGGCGGUUUAAUGGCAUCAAGAUGUACUCCCGGAGAUGUAAUGUCGGCUCUUGUUUUCGCUACGAAGCCAGGUUUAAUACUUUCCCGCACUUUUGUGUCGCAAAAACAAUAUAGGAGCUUCGAUUUGUUAAAAAUAGGCGAUUGCAUUCCAUGUACAAUCAGAGAUAUAUCGCAAGACGGUGUGAGAGUCAUCUUACCUAUUGAAAAUUAUUCGAAAUUAGGAUUUGUAUCUUACAAGAACAUCAGUAAUUUCGAACUAUUGUACGUCAAUCAAAUAUUAUUCGUUAAAAUCACAGGUAUCAAUAAGCGAGAGAAGUACUUGACUCUGUCGAUGGCCUUGAAAGAUGUGUGCGACAAUUCGCUGGAGAAAGAAGUUAGAAUGAUGACAGCAGUGGAUGUUUUGAGUUUAUAUCUCAACAGAUUGUCGGAAUUAGCGAAGAAUACGUUUUACAAGAACAGACCGAUUUCAUCAGCAGUCUUGGGUCAAAAGAUCACUGGCAUUGUCGAGAAGAUUACUGAACACGGUCUUGUGCUUCGAUUAGAUCACAAUCAUUUGACAGGAAUAGUACGUAAAGAUCAUUAUUUCAAUGUGUAUCAAGUUGGGGACAAGGUGUCUGGUACAAUCUUGUGGAAGAACUACGUCCACGAACUCGUCGACGUCUCGUUGUUGCCAAGAAUAAUAAAUAGCAUCAGUUCAAAACAGAAAACUCUCCCGGAACUUCCUACUGGAGUUGUCCUGAGAGCUGAAAUUUUAAUGAUUACCAAGUGGACGAUACUCGUUCUCAUUAAACGUAAUGGUUCAGGAUAUUUAGCAGCGUUACCGGUUCGCCAACACAUCAACGACACCUCUCCUGAUUUAACGCCUUACGCGAUUCACGCCAAGAUUCGAUUAUAUGUCAUAAUGACGAGAACCGAAACCGAUUUCAUUCCCGCCUGUAUGCUAAAAUCUGCGUUCGAAAGCAAAAUCCCGAAAGACGUACCUGUAACUACGAAGAAAUUGAAGAGAAAGGAAGCAUCUGAACAAUCCGAUAUAACGCAAAGGAACCCACCAGAACAAGUACCGAAGAAAAAGAGUAAGAAGGAAAAUGUAGCUGAAAUCAAAGAAGAAAAGGAAAGUAGAAUAAAAGAUAUAGAUGAGGAUUCUGAAUUGACUACAGAUUCGUCAGAGAGUGAAAACGAAGAAGAUCAGCCAGUUGCGAAUAGAUUACACAUUCAGGAGUGUGGAUUUUCCUGGGACGAUAAGGCAAACGUAGCUGCUCCCAUUGAACCGUCCAGCGAUGAGGAAGAGGAUCCUGAGGAGGAAGAAUCUAAGCGAAAGAAGAAGAAAUUGAGCGCAGCCGAGCGUCGAGAGCAGGAGCGCGAGAAGGAACGCAGGAUCCGUCAACGAGAAGAAGCUCUGGCGAGUAAUCAAACACCCAACUCGACGUAUCAGUUUGAUAAAUUGGUUCUCUCGCAUCCCAACAAUUCCAUGUACUGGUUGCAGUAUAUGGCGUAUCAUUUGCAAGCCACGGAAAUCGAUAAAGCGAGAACGGUCAUCAAACGCGCCAUCAAAACAAUCAGCUUCAGGGAAGAAAAGGAACGGUUGAACGUAUGGAACGCUUUGUUAAAUCUGGAGUCCAGGUUUGGCACUCCGGAAUCUCUGAACGACGCGUUUCAGGAAGCUGUGAGGACCAACGACGCGUUCAAAAUAUAUACACACUUGUUGACUAUACAUGCAGAUGCUGGUAGAAAAGUCGAGUUGGAAAAGUUGAUCGACACUAUGAUUGGAAAAUUCAAACAAAAUCCAGAAAUGUGGAUAAACUGCGGUGCUGUUCUAUUAAAAAUUGGUCUGAAAGAAAAAUCGCGACACAUUAUGCAACGGGCCAUACAAUCCUUGCCUGCAUCUCAACAUGUGAAUUUGUUGGUAAGAUUUGCGAAUUUGGAGAACAAAUUAGGAGAUAAGGAACGAGCACAGACACUAUUCGAGCAUAUCCUUAGUUCUUAUCCAAAACGUGUUGAUGUAUGGUCAUGUUACGUAGACUGCUUAAUCAAAUCUGAAGACCUUGAUCUGGCCAGGAGAGUAUUAGAACGGGCGUGUGUCCAAACGCUUCCAGCGAGAAAAAUGAAGACUUUAUUUACAAAGUUUAUAAAUUUCGAAGAAAAGUAUGGCACUCCCGAGGCUGCAGCUCGUAUAAUACAAAAGGCUGCAGAUUAUGUCGAGAAACAAUGUAGUAGGGAAUAAACCUUUGUUCGCAACUCGUUUUUGAAAAAUCAGAAAAAUACAAGGAGAAAAUAAUUAAAACGA